AGUGCUUGUAGUAUACGAUUAACGAGCAACGGCGAAAGUAGCAAGACUAGAGCAAAAAGAAAGAAGUGAAAAAAACAAAAACAACAACAUCGUACAAUAAAGCCCAAGAGUACGAACUAUAUACAGAGAAUAAGACAUCAAGCAAAGAAAAAUUCACAUCACAUAUCAGUGUGUCGCCGAUCGGUGUGCUGAGUAAACCGAUUCUUUUUCUACUCGUAACAAAAAUUAGAAAAGAAAUUUUUUAUUUCGAACGAUUUAUAAUAAUUAUUUAAAAACUUUGUGUUCUUCUGUGCGUAAAUUUGAUCAUAUUUUUGCAACGAUUCUAACUACUUUGUGGUUUUAUCGACAUUGGAUCAUUUUAAUUGAAGAUAAAUCAGUUUUUGAUUUGAAACUGCGCAACGCGAUUUGAUAAAAGAAAAUUCGUUGUCUUUCUUUUUUUUAACGAAUUUUUCGAGGGAGAGAGAUAAUUCCCGAUUUAACUGGGCAAUUUGGGAGCAUUCUUCAUCACAACAGUGCAACUCAUCAUCAUCACAAUCAAUUUUGUGCUAGUGAACUGAAUUGACAAGCAAGAAAAUAAAAGAAGAAAACGUUAAUCAGAAAAUUACCGAAAAUUCUAAUCGACGACGACUACAACGCGAGAGAGCGAGCAAGAGAGAAAAGUAAUGCGAACGCAACCGUUUAUCGUCGUGCUAUUCAAGUUUGUCGCAUUCUAAAUUUAUUUGGUUUUCUUGAAUUGAUUGAAAUAAUAAAAUAUUUAGAAAUAAAAAAAACACCGAGAUUGAGUGAGGAGACAGUGUAUGAGAUUGUGUGCAUGUAAUAUAAUAUAUAUAUAUACAUACGCGAAAUAUUAUCGUAUAGAAAGACAGAGAGACAUAGUUCCGAGCAUAUUGUAUAUCAUCAUUGCACAAUAUGUAUCACGGGAUACAAAUGCAAAAGAAAUAGAAUUAAACGUCACCAAGAUACAAUUUAGAAUUCUAAACAGCACGAGCAUCCGUGUGAGCUGAAACAGCAACAACAAAAAAUCGGCUAAAUUAAACGAAUUCUUUUUUUUUCCUUCUUCUUUAUUUUUGUUUGACUUCUAUACAUUGCGUCCGUCAUUUCUCACUCACUAAUAUAAAUUUCGAAAAUCGGACGAUGCAAGUCGACCGUCGCGCAACAAGAAUUUUAUUCACACCGAACAACAAUUUCACUAAUUCGUUUUGAUUUCGUGAAAUGCGAAUCUGAGCGAACGAUUAAGAUCACACAGAGACAGAAAGGAAGAGAUAUAAUAAAAGACGAUAAGACAGUAAAAUUGACUUAAAUCAGAACAUUUGCGAUAUUGAGAAUUUUUCUUCAAGAGAAAAAUACAGUGCAAAAACAUAUUUGAUUCGUGAUUUAUCAUCGAACAUUGUGAAUUGGAUACACAAGCUCCGAAGGAGAGACAGGAUUUACAGAUGAUUAAAAAAAUGCCGCAACCCAAUUGCCUUUACACAACCCGAUACUGCUGGGAAGCAGAGAAGGUCAAAACACUGAUACGAUUACGUGCAGAACUUUCUCCUUUGUUUACUGGGAAACGAAAUGCCUCCAAAUAUGCAUGGGCUGUGGUUGAACGUGAGCUUAACGUACCGUUACCGCUAUCGAAAAUCAUCAAAAAAUGGAAUAAUCUGCUGCAAGAAUACAAGGCAAUUAAAUUGUCGGAAGAACCAAAACGUCGUGAAUGGCCGUUCUUCAAUUUGAUGGAUCACUUUUUCAGCGAUCAAGUGAACGAUCCAACAUUGCGUUUAUUUUCGUCGACAAAAACAUUGGGCGCUGAUUCAUUGGAUGAAAGCAUCACAUUGAAAUUUGAAGAUGACCCAGUUAUGUCGGCAGCUAUUUCAGCUGCCACCGGUCACAGUUUGAUGGACAUUUCGGAAAUGAUGCGCAGCGGCAAUCGCGGUGGUGGCGGUGUUGUUGGCGGCGAUACCGGCGAAGAUCGUGAAUCGGACAAAGCCAGCGAACGCGAUUAUGAAGAUAUGCACCCAGAAGUUCAAAUGAAUAACAAUAAUUAUAAUAAUGGUGGUGAACGUCGCACAUCGCCGGCCCAUCAAAUACACGCCGCUAUGAACAAAUCGAUGAACAGCUCCAAUGCUGGAUCAAUUGGCAAUGGAACACGUGUCGGCACACCGAUUUGCAUGCAAACACAAAACGAUUACGAUGAUCAAGAUGACAUCAAACCACCGAUGGCACACACACCCGUAUUUAUGCCACAACAUCACAACAUCGAUCAAUAUCUUCUAUCCUGGAACAAUUUCCAUGGCAACAUGUGCAAAGGAUUCCAUAAUUUACAAAAAGAUGAAAAAAUGGUCGAUGUCACCAUUGCCGCCGGCGGUAAAAUUUUCAAAGCUCACAAAUUGGUUUUAUCGGUGUGCAGUCCAUAUUUCCAAAAGAUCUUCUUGGAUCAUCCAUCGUCGCAUCCGAUCUUAUUUAUGACCGAUGUGAACAGCAAUCAUAUGGCCGGUCUAUUGGAUUUCAUGUACAGCGGACAAGUGAAUGUAAAAUAUGAAGAUCUGCCGAAAUUCUUGAAAGUAGCCGAAAUUAUGCAGAUCAAAGGUUUACACACAGAGAGCACAACCGAUACCGAUGAGAAUAAAUACGCCCGAAAUGCAAUGAAAGAGCCUGUCAAUUAUAACAGCAAACAGCAAAGUUUAAAUAAUAAUAAUAAUAAUAACAACAACAACAACAACUCCAGCAAUAAUUUGAAUAUACCGAGCCCGAAUCAAAACCGUUCGACAUUCCGUGAGCAUAUUCGAGCUAAGAACCCAUACCAAGAUUUGAUAAACAGCAGUAGCAACAAUAAUAACAACAACUCAAGUACCAACAACAAUUUAACAAAUAAUAAUUCGAGUUUGAACAUCAACAUCAACAACAACAAUAAUAAUAAUAACAACAACAACAACAAUUUGAACAGUACCAAUCAAAAUCUAUCACCGAAAUAUGCAAUUCAACAAACGAAUAGCAGCAGUAAAAUUUUGGACAAUCAAAAGUAUCAUAAAUACUUCUCAAAGCGAAAAAUGAUGGCUCAAUAUGAAUUGGAAAUGAAAAAUGAAAAACGGAAUAAAUUAUCGAUGCCAACACCACCAGCGGCCCAUCAACCACAAGACGAACCGGUUGCUCUGUACAACAAGAGCCAUUUGCCGCCACCACAAACUGAACCCGAAGAGCUAACGGUUAACGAAACAAACAAUAACUCAAGUACCACGGCAAAUAAUAAUACCAUCAACAGCACAAAUAACAACAACAACAACAACAACAACAACAGCAUUAGCUCAUCCGAUGUACAAAAUAUCAAGGUUGAACCGGAUCUAGUGCAACGCAGCACCAGCGGUGUUAUAGCAACGGUGGCAACAACGGCCGUUAACGAUGAUGAUGACGACGACGAUUCAUCCAAUUCAGAGUACUUUUUGGCUGAUUUACGCAAACGGAAACAUUCCACAUCGGGCAUCGAACAAACAUUGGCACUGACCACAAAGAAAGAGGCUAGCACCGCAUGCAGUUGAAUUCAAUCGGUCGGUUUGGUCAUCGCCUAUCCCAUACCCCAUUUAAAAUAAAUUCUGAAUAUUUGACAAUAACAACAACAAAAACAAAAAAGCAAUCUGAUUUUUUUUCGCAUAGAUAUCGGUAAGAUAAAAUGUUAGAGAUUUAUUUAUGUUAAUGAUCAUUGAUCAAGCUAGAUGUUUGGCUGCUUCGAACAAUCAUCGGACGCAAAGCGAAUUCAAUUUGAUAUUUUUUAAUAUAUUGGUUUAGAAUUUCUUUUCGUUUCUUUAUAUUUUUUUCACGAACCUUUUUUUACUUGUUAAUAUAUCUCAGCAGCUAUAUAUUCAAGAAACAUGGAGUUUGCGACCUUUAAAUACUUUAGAUAUGUAUAAUUAGUUGUAUAAAUUCAAAAGUGCUCACAAUGUCACUUUUGUUCAAUUUGUUUUUUCUUCUUCAAUACUUUGGUGUGGUAACCGAGAUAAUUAUAGAUAGAUAAGUGUGUUCUUUUUUUCCCGUAUGAAAGCAACCAUCGAAUUAUAAGUUAAAGAAAAUAUUUUCUUUUUGUCUUCUAUAAGGUUCAAGUGCAAUUUGAACCGUUUUCGGUCUUGUGGCUUGAACUUGAUAUACUGUAUAGGUUAUAUAAGUUAUUUAAAACUGAACGAGAAAAGGAUCCAUUCCAUUUGUCUUGGAAAUUACUCGAUAGAAAAAUAAAACACCUUCCUUUUAAAUUAACACUUAUUUGUUAUUUUGUUAAAAUGAUAGAAAGAUUAUUGAACACUCUCAACAAAUCAACAUUAAUACACACCGUUCUUCCGAUAAUUUUUCUUUUAAUGUACUAUAAUAGAUCUUUGCUCAUUUACAAAUUGAAUGUGGCGCGUAUAGUAACCACACUCCCAUUGCUGCAAAUAGCAUAAGUGUACUUAAUUAUUUUUUUAAGACAAAACAAAUUGUUCAAUAAUUUACGAUCGAUUAUAAUUUAAGUACCAACAUCGAAAUUGAAUCCCCAAACUCUUUUCGAUCAGCGAUGAGAAAUUGUAAUUUGGCAUUUUAUCUAUCGUUUCUUUUUCAAUUUAUCCUUUGACUUCAAUUAAAUAUUUUAUAUUCUCUUUUUUUGCACCUUUUACCUAGGUAACUAAGCAAUUGUUCUUAUAAAAUGCAAUUCAAUCGUGUAAAUCAAUUUAACGAGAAAUAUUAUUGUGGUUUAAGAGAAACAAUGUGUUUUUCUUUGUUUUUAAAAAAAUAAAAUAAAAUUUAAAUUAUUUUUUUUGUUAUUUCUUUUAUGCUACCUCAGUUUUGUUUAAUUGCAUCUCCGAUUUGAUUGCAUUCGCUUCGGGGGAGCUAAGCUCGAAUGCAAAUGAUUAUUAUUAUGAUUAUUAUUUAAUUUAUAUUUGUUUAAGACAUUGAAAAUGAAAAUUCCACUCUAUGAAAUGAUCACAUAUAUUUUGAAUAUAAAUAUAC